UAAAAUAAAUCAAAUUUAAGAAGAAAAACUCUUAUAAAUAUUGAAAUGGCAGAUAAUCAAUUAAUUGAAGGACCUUUAAAAGAAGGAAAGGAAAAGUUUGAGACAUCGGAGAAAGCUAGAACAGAAAAAGGAAAAAGGAAGCAUUCGGUAUCAUCAGCAUCAUCUGAUUAUUCAUCAGAAUCAGAGAAUGACGACCAAAAGAAGAAAUUAAAGUCUCACGUUGAAAAAGUUUCUCCUAAGAUACAGAAGAAGUAUAAACGGAGAUCUUCAAGAUCCUCAAAAAACUCAUCUGAAGAUGAAAAGAGUCCAAAAAAGGACAACAAACGAAGAAGUAGGACACCGGAUCGUUACAGAAGAAAUCGUUCACCUAGCUUUGAGAGAAAACGCGAUGAUUAUUAUCCCAAGCGGAAUUACACAAGCUACUAUGAUAUUGGAUCGUCAAAAGACAGGAAUCGAGAAAGAUCCAGAUCGCAAACCCGUCGUGAAAGGCGAACGCUAACUCCGGAACUUCCGAAACAAGCAGAACCACCAAGAGUAAAAAAAACUGACAUAUUAACAUCAAAAACUGGCGGUGCUUAUAUUCCUCCAGCAAAACUUCGAAUGAUGCAGGCAGAAAUAACAGACAAAUCAUCAGAAGCUUACCAACGAAUCUCUUGGGAAGCUUUGAAGAAAUCCAUUCAUGGAUUCAUCAACAAAAUCAAUGUUGAUAAUAUUGGCAUUGUUACUCGCGAGCUACUUAAGGAAAACAUUGUUCGAGGAAGAGGACUUUUAUGUCGUUCAAUAAUUCAAGCACAGGCAGCAUCACCAACAUUCACUCAUGUUUAUGCAGCUCUUGCUGCAAUUAUAAACUCAAAAUUUCCAAAUAUUGGCGAACUUUUGUUACAACGACUCGUGUUGACUUUCCGAAGAGGUUUUCGAAGAAACGAUAAAACAAUUUGCGUUACUGCUUCGAAGUUUAUCGCUCAUCUGGUGAAUCAACGUGUUGCUCAUGAAAUUCUUGCUCUUGAAAUUCUUACUCUUCUCGUCGAAACUCCAACAGACGAUUCAGUGGAAGUUGCUAUUGCUUUCCUCAAAGAAUGUGGACAAAAAUUAACGGAAGUGUCUGGAAAAGGUGUAAAUGCAAUCUUUGAGAUGUUAAAAAAUAUUCUUCAUGAAGGUCGAUUGGAAAAACGUGUUCAAUAUAUGAUUGAAGUGAUUUUUCAAGUUCGAAAAGAUGGGUUCAAAGACCAUGUGCCAGUAAUCGAACAGUUGGAAUUGGUUGAAGAAGAUGAUCAAUUUACUCAUCUGAUUAUGCUCGAAGAAGCAACUGACACACAAGACAUCUUGAAUGUUUUCAAAUUGGAUCCAAGUUAUCAAGAAAAUGAAGAAAAAUAUAGAACACUUUGCAAAGAACUUCUAGGAAGUGAUGGUGAAUCAGGAUCAGAUGGCAGUGGUUCUGACUCAGAUUCAGAUGACGAUUCGAGUGAUAGUGAAACUGAAGAAAAGAAACAAGAAAUCAUAGACAACACUGAGACAAAUUUGAUUGCUUUAAGACGAACAAUUUACUUGACAAUUCAUUCCAGUUUGGACUUUGAGGAAUGUGCACAUAAAUUAAUGAAAAUGCAAUUGAAACCAGGUCAAGAAGGAGAAUUAUGUCACAUGUUCUUAGAUUGUUGUGCUGAACAAAGAACUUAUGAGAAAUUUUAUGGUCUGCUUGCACAACGGUUUUGUACCAUUAACAGAAUCUACACAGAAAAGUUUGAAGAAAUUUUCAAAGAUAUUUACGACACAACUCAUCGUUUGGACACAAACCGGCUAAGAAAUGUUAGUAAAUUCUUUGCACACCUUUUAUAUUCUGAUUCCAUUGGAUGGACUGUGUUCGAAUGCAUAAAAUUGAAUGAAGAUGACACAACAAGUUCGAGUCGUGUUUUCAUCAAAAUUCUCUUUCAAGAACUUGCUGAGUUUAUGGGAAUUAAGAAGUUCAAUGCAAGACUUCAAGAUGCAACUUUACAAGAAUAUUUCAGUGGACUCUUUCCUCGAGAAAAUCCAAGAGAUACGCGCUUCUCAAUCAAUUUCUUUACAUCGAUCGGCCUUGGUGGUUUAACGGAUGACUUGAGAGAUUUUCUUAAAUCUAUGUCAAAAAAGAAGUAAUGAAUUUUGGCAAUGUCAUGUAAACUUUUUCCUUUUCUUUUAAUUUCAUUCAUUCGUAAAUUUAUAAUAAAGAAAUUAUUUUAAAAUUUAACGGAAAACUUUUCAAAAAUAAAAAUAAUUGGCAACA